AGUCUAUCAGGCUCUCUAGCGACCUACCAGCUGCGCAAGCCAAGAUACGAGAUGAGCAGCAAUGCGACGAGACCUUCAAAGGUCUUCCUUGUAACAGGUGCAACAGGUUUCAUUGGAGCACAUGUUCUGGAUGAGCUCCUUCGCCGCGGUCACAAAGUCCGAGGAGCAGCCCGCUCGAAAGUGAAGGCUGACAGAAUGAUACGAGACAGGCCACAGUACUCUGGGUCUCUCGAAUUUACCUUCAUUGACGACCUGACAAGCCCAGGUGUCUUUGAUAAGGCCGUCCAGGGUGUUGAUGGUAUUCUGCAUGUUGCAAGUCCUGUUAAUUACGAAGUCGAUGAUGUCGAGAAGGAGCUGCUUUUACCUGCGAUAGAGGGUACUAAAUCAAUACUUGGUGCUGCCAAAAGGGAGCCAAGCGUGAAGCGUCUCGUCUUCACAUCAUCCUUCGCCGCGGUGUUCAAUCCAUCUGGCGGCGCAUCACGCGGUUUCACCUAUACCAGUGACGUUUGGAAUCCCAUCACCUUCGAGGAGGCCAAGAACGCAGAUCCCGUCCAAGCCUACAGAGGGGCGAAAAAGUAUGCUGAACAAGCAGCUUGGGACUGCAUUCGCAACGACAAGCCACAUUUCGAUCUUGUGACAUUCUGCCCUCCUCUCGUGUUCGGACCACUUGCACAUCCAAUUACUAAGGUAUCAGAACUAAACGAAUCCAACAAACAUCUCUGGGCCAUCGCUGCAAGAGUUGAUCCUCUUCCCGUCGCUCGGGUACCGGUAUGGGUAGAUGUCCGCGACCUAGCCUUUGCUCAUGUUGAAGCUCUACUUCGACCUGAGAUCAGCAAUCGCAGGUUCACCAUAGCUUCACCGGAGCACUUUACGUACCAGCGGGUCGCAGAUGUUCUUCGAGAAGAGUUAGAUUGGGCGAAGGAACAGGUGACGAAGGGUGAGGAAGGUGCCCCGCUCCCAGAAACGUUUGAUGUGGAUGGAAAGACGGUGGCGGAAGCGUUGGGAUUCCAGUACAGAAGCUUCAAACAAACCAUUCUGGAUGCCGUCACACAAUUCAAAGUGAUCCACGAACGAGAGACACAGGCAUAGACAGUGCACAAGAUAGAAAGCUGAAGAUCAUUUCAUUUCGUCGAUAUACAGUAAGCAUGUAGUCCGGUAUAAAGCAAGCGUGGACAUUCUCGCAACAUAGGUGGGACACUCCUUUGAGACAUUCGAGACCACACGUUAUUUACCAGGACCAAUGACAGUCGGCUUGGUCUUGCUGAGGUGCGCGAUGGUAGUAUCGUCGAGGUUGAGGUGGGCCUUGACCAAUUCAGGAGGCGUCAAAGCCAACCACUGCAUUGGUACCGUCAGAUGUCUUGGCAUUCUCACACUUCGAUUCAAAAUGCUCACCUGGUUUAGAC